UAUUACGCAGAUACAGUAAGAGGGUAUGUCAUAUGCCUACCAUUUAUUAAGAUAUCAUUGUUUAGUUUCUUUGACAUUCAGAGGCAGAAUUUGCUUGGAAAGUAAUCUAAUUCUGUCACUAUCAAUCGACUAAGCUAUUCACUUUCUGUACAAUAGAAGAUGUUUAAACCCAGACAGCUUUUAGGGAAACACUUGUGACCUUUUCUCACCGGUUUAAGCCACGGAUGAAGAGUUCUCAGCGUUAAAGCUUACAUUUUUAUGCAUCGGUAGGCCUACUCUGUCUGGGGUGGAAAUGUAGGCCUAACUUUUGAAAGUACCAUCAGCAGAUUCCUAAUGAUGUCUCAGAUUUACUUCUUUGGAAACUUGGACAGUUUCCUUGCAAACAAGACACACUGAUUUGGCAUUGGACAAAUAUGAUAAGAUAAGCACAUAGGCCUAUCUCUCUGUCCAUUCAUAGCCUGUAAAUUUGGUCAUUUGUGUGGUAUUUAAAAAAUGUAUGCUGUGCAAAUAUGAUGAUAGCUUCAUGCAAUGGUUAUAAAGGAGAUAUUUCCACCUCUUGUCCUCGGUGGUCUGCGAACCCACAAGCUGCUCUAUCAAAAUUCAUGUCAUAUUGACAGGACGAAGAACAGUUUCUAAAGCUCUGGUCUGUCCAAGAAGUGAGUGUAAACGCUAGAUAUGUUCUCUGCUAUCCACUUUGUUUCAAUGAUUAUUUUUGUAUAGUGAAGGGUCACUUGUUUUUUUUUUCAAUCGUUCAGGGAGGAUUUAGGUCAAAUAUAUUUUGUUCAAACAGGUCCGAUUUUCUCCAUGUAACCCUUAUUAUAAAUAACGUUCACUCCCUAAUGAGACUCUCAGGGGAACGUUCUCUAAAGUUGUAAGAACUGUUGUUGUUAGCUGGGUCGUUAUACUCUUUGGUCUGGUCUUUUGAUAACAGAUGAACUGGCGUUGAGCGCUUUAAUGUUACUUUGCUGCCAUCUAGUGCAAUGUAUCGUUACUUUAAGUGAUCCUUUGAUGUCGUGAAUUGUCACACUCGCAAAUGUAUUUUGAUAUUUUGCUUAUAGCCCCGUAUCAAAUGCAACCAUAGCUCAAUGUCACCCGUUUUACGUUGAGUAAUUCCCUUCAACGCAGUGCCAAAAAUUACGUGUAUAUCGUUGCUUAACUUUCAGGUCUGCUUACGUAAUCGCCUGUCAGUGGUCGCUUUACGGUAGAUCGUGGAGGUCAGAGAAGCACGAUGAAAAAGCUAACCCAACUAUAAUUUACAAAAAGCUGAUAAUUUCUAUAUCUAACUACCUACAGUAAGACAGUGUACAACACUAUUCAAACGUGAACAUAUUACUGCGUUUUAGAUACUAGGAAAUAUCGCCAACGUUAUUGCUUUUGGCUUGCAUCAUCACGUUUGGUUAGCUAGUUAGCUAGCUAACCCAACCAGCAUCUCCAGCCCGAAGCGUUCACCGGGUGAGUCUCCAGAUCGUCACCAUACAUGGACAAUAACGCCCCUGGGUCGGGAGGGAAAGGCGGCCUCGGGAGUCUCUUUGGAGGCAGCGAAUACUCCAACACAGAGCUCGCCGGUGUCCCAUUGACUGGAAUGAGCCCCCUGUCGCCUUAUCUUAAUGUUGACCCCCGCUACCUCGUACAGGACACAGAUGAGUUCAUCCUGCCAACAGGGGCUGGUAAAACUAGAGGGAGGUUUGAACUGGCCUUCUUCACCAUCGGGGGCAGCUGCAUCACAGGAGCUGCGUUUGGGACAAUGAAUGGUCUGAGGAUGGGGUUGAAGGAGACCAGAGAAAUGGGCUGGACUAAACCGCGUAACGUCCAGAUUCUCAACAUGGUGACCAGACAAGGUGCAUCCUGGGCCAACACUCUGGGCUCUGUUGCGUUAUUGUACAGUAUAUUUGGCGUGGCCAUAGAGAAGGCUAGAGGAGCAGAGGAUGACAUCAACACUUUGGCUGCUGGGACUCUCACAGGCAUGCUGUUCAAAUCCACAGGAGGGCUGAAGGGAGUGGCUCGUGGUGGUCUGGUGGGGUUGGCCAUGUCUGGUGCCUACGCUCUCUACAGUAACUGGGACCAUAUCAGAGGCGGCUCCUCUUCUUCAAAUCUCUACUGAACACAUCCCUAUCUAUUGCGUUUCAUCAAAAAUUCCACCCUAUUCCCAACUUGGUGCACAACUUUUGGCCAGAGUCUCAGGGAAUAGGUUACCAAUACUCAAACCCUCCCACAAAUAUCACCAGCCCCUUCCCUUGUUCACUUCCUGACUUGAGAGGGUUCUGAGAUAUUGGAGGCAUGACUGAGAUGUCAUUAAACCAUGGACUAAAUUACCUCCAAGAAACACCCCUCCCCACACAACUGCCCUUGCUGCCCCCCCGCCCUGUCCUCCUGGGUUACCUCCCUUCUCACCCACACAGAUCUGAAAAGGCCUCACGCUAUUUCCAAGGGGUUUAUGUGUAUUGGGAACUGUUUUUAGAAAUGUAUCUUAUGUUAUAUUAUUGAAUGCUACGUCUAGUAGCCUGGAAGAGGGAAAGAGUCAUGUAAAUAGUAUGUCCAUGUUAAGAGUAUAUGCUAAGUAAAUGGAUACUGGGGCCCUGUUGUAAUCAUUUUUACAUGCCUCCUCCCUCCCUGUGAAGUGAUCACUCAUCUAACAUGACUGGAGUGAUGAAAACAAUUCAGUGGAAAUCGGUUAACAGCUAUCCUGUCAUGUCUGGUCAGUAAUACAUCCACCCUUCCCCUCCUUGAAGUUAUCUGAACAUCUCGGCUGGUGUUACUGACUGGUUAUUUUACGAGGUUGCCCACUUGGCUCACGACUGUGUUAGUCCCCUGAGGUAAAGACAAAUGGUUAGUACAGGGAGCGAACGCAAGGUUACUCAUCUAAGCAUGGUUCAUUGAACCACCUCUGCAACACUGGUCUAAGACCCAACCAGAGAGCUUCUGGAAUCCAUGAUUGUAGUCCUUUGCUUUCAUGUGACUGUGGGUUGUAGUCCUUCAGAUACAGAACAAGACUUCUAAUGAAGCUGAAGAGCAGAGACAUUCAUCCCAGCACACACCCUACCAAGGCCUUACAAUCAAAACUGUUGUAAUGUAUUUAUUCAUAGUGGGUACUAUUUUGCUGUUAAGAGUUGGAAGUGUCUGUAUUACCUAUUUGUGUCCUUGCCUGUUAAGCCCACUGUAAGAACAAUACAACAAACAUUCAAAAUUAUAAAAUGCUGCCUUGGGUCUUUGUCAGUUGUGCUCAUGCUGCUUGUGUUGUGAAAGCCUGUAGAUGGGGUUAGGGGUGGGAUAUGCUAUUGUGACUGACUGACUGGGUUUGAACCCAGAUUGUGUGCCCACUACACUAUUGGUAUGAGUCAGUAAGCUAAACUAAGUGUUCUACAGUAUAUUUGAAAGAAGAGGUUCACAGUGUUCUGCUUUUUCUGCCAACUUUAUUGGCUGACAGACUGCAUGAUGGGAGUUAUAGUCAAGAAAAAGUACAACCA